GUCAAUAUGCGGCCAGGACCCGGGCUGGUCGUGAUGGCGCUUGCGUUUAUUUCGGGGGCUCGGCGAGGCACCAGUCAACAACACAGCAGUAGUGCCGCAAGUAGUAGUAACAAGUUGGGCAAAUUUGAGGAAGACAAUACGGAAGCACUAUCACGGAUAAAUCCGUGGUUGUCAGCGUGCGAUCUGGCGCAACCCAACACAGCACCGGAUCUCCAGGGUCAAUGUUCAGCCGGUACACUGCCCGUGGCCUGGAUAGACGAAGGUCCUGGCCCACCGCGGUGUCCACCGCCAUGCAAGGCUAGCACGUCUAAUAGUAAAAAUAGUAGUCCUAAGGCAAACAAUAUUGAUAAUACUAAAUAUAACAUGGAGAACCGGUUAAAUGAUAAACAACAGUGCCUUGACUAUUUGGGCGAUAAUGAAGAGUUAAGUCCAGCACAAAUUUGUAAAAAUUCGUCACAAAGAAGUAUUGAGACCAAGUUGAGAGCGUUACGUUUAAGACAUUGUUGUGAACGUACUGUUGGCAGCGCGCUGCACAACGCGGCCCUCGAGGCCGUGCUGGGCGGCGGUUCAGACUGUGAGCGGAUGCUCGGUGACCUGCUGGAGACGGACAGCCUCGCCGCCCGGAUCACCUGCGAGUUCACCGAGGUGCUGGUGCGGUACGACUGCGGACAGCCGUACUCGAUCAUCCACCACUGCGAGGACUGCAGGGAGGCAUAUCGAAGGUGGAGCUGCAGUAUGUUGCUGCCAUACUUUGGUACGAGGGAGGACUUCGUGAGUAGGAGUAGGAGUGGCAGUGGCAGUGGUGGCAGCAAUUUUGGUACUGCUAGUGGCAGCAGCAGUACCAAAAGUGACUUCAGCAGUAGCAGCAGUGGCAGUGGCAGAGGAGACAAAAGUGUUAACAAUAAUCCCGACCGAAGCGAGGGUGACCCGAGGGCGGCCCAGGGUAAAUCGAGUGCCAACAAAUACCGUGGGGACGCUUCGAAAAAGCAGACUGAACCGAAAUUGGACGAUUCGCAACUAGUAAAAAAUAUAUCAAUUGAUGUGAAAAGUUCACGUCGAAAAACGCAACGAGUACGAAUACGACCGUGUCUAGAUGUAUGUCAAACCGUAGAGCAAAAGUGUCCGUACAUGCUGCCGGGUGACCGGGCGCCCGCGUAUCCAACGCAGUACGCCGGCGAGCCGACCUUUCUGUGCCGAGAUCUCAACAUCGAGGAAACGGGUGAGCAGAAGCUCAAGUCCAACAGCGGCCGACCGGACUGCUGCUACGAGUACUGCGGGACGCACCCCCGGACCGGUGUCUGUUCCCGGUGCGACCCGCUGCAGGACGAAGCCGAAGAGGACGCCGCAGCCCAAAUCCGGACGGCUGCUGCAACUUCCAACAGCAGUAGAACGAGUAACAGCAGCAGUAGUAGCAUAAGCACCAGCAUCAUCAGCAGCAGUAGUAGUGCGCGGGAUCACUUCCUGGACGAACUGCGACACAGUAGCGAGCUGCCGCCCCGGUUGGCGACGUGUCCGAGCAUAACAAGCGCAACAACCCCGUCAUCACAAUCGGGCCGCUGCCGGACGGUGCAGCAGCAGCAGCAACAGCAGGGCUCAACAACCGAGAGUACUCCAACAACCUCAACACCAACGCCGAGGACCGCGGCGUCAACGGCGGCCACGACAACGACGGCGGCGGCUCCUGCGGCAUCGGUACCUUCCUCAGCGCCAUCGCUGGCGGCCUCGUCAACGCUUAUUAAACUUACUAGUAUAAAGUCGAUUUAUAACAAUUACUUUAAUAAUUCGUGGACGAUGCGGUUGCGGUGGCUGGACGAAUUUGUAGCGUGGACAAAGAUCCUGCUCCAACUGGCCGGGUUAUAGUCAAUGUGUAACCUUGGGCACUAACAGCCAAGUUGACACCGGAACCCAGACACACAAACACAAAACACACAUACACGUUAAACACUCGAACAAAACUACACACAAACACACGUAAAAAAAAAACAAACAGGUAACAAGGCACCAACAAAACCCGAGAAAACGUAAAACAAAUCGGAGAAAACAACCUAAAAACAAGCAACAACAACAACAAAUCAUCCACACUCAGUGUGCUGUGAAACAAGUCGAAAAACCCCGAAAUUGCAACAUAACAAAAAAAAACAAGCAAGCAAACAAACAAACAAAUGAAGCGAAACUGGAUUACGCGAAAAUGAACAUGGCAAGUUGAAAAAAAAGGAAGAAGAAAAAAGAAGCGCGAAAACCGUGCCCGAUUUGCAGGCGGCAAAUCAAGCAAGCAAAUAAACAAACAAAAAAAAACGUGUAGACAACAGAAGAUUAACAAAUCGAAGCACAAAAUUACCCCCGGAACCCCUCUCCUUGCCGGCGGAUGCCGCGUCGACGCCACUGCCUCUGCCGGGGCUACCACCUCUGCCAUCAGAUAAAAUUUGGGAAAUGUGAGAUGCUGGAAAGGGUUGGGACAUGGACAAGUGGAUGUGAAAAGUUACCCUUGGAGUAAAAAAACUAUUUUUUAAUCAAUUAUUCUUUCAGGUGCAGAAAGCUUUGAAAAUUUCAAUAAUGUCCUGAAAUUUCGUACCAUACGAGAAUUCAUAAAACUUUGCAGGAUGUAAAUUACAAAUAAUACUGCUUUUCUCUCUGUCAUCAUACAUUCAGCGUUGAUUCUAGCCGGCCAUUUUUACUUUUGUGUUUACGUUAGACAUUUUCCUUUUCUCUUUCACUCUUCUCACAUUCACAAUCACGCGCUCUUUCAUUGCAUAUUUUUGAGAGAACGAAACACUCAGCGGUGAGAGCACGUGGUCAAGGAAAAGAAAAGGAGUAGUUGCUUUAAAUCAAGUGACGUUCGCUGUAUUUGUUGAUAAUUUUGGUCAGAAAUUACGAAAAAUGAUAUUUUUUUCUAUCAGUCAUUUGCAAAACUUUCCAUUCGAAAAAGAUUACUACAUUUGGGUUUCUUUUUAUUAAUAUUUUAUUCUGACAUGUGUUAAUUCUGAAUGAUUUGGCAACACUGCCGAAAUUUUUUUGACUUUUGAUAUUUUUUUCAGGCCAGAUGUUUGCACUAGUGUUUUGUUAGAUUUUCUCCACUCUGAGCAAAUUCAUGUGAGAAUGUCGCCGACGAUCGAAGUAGGCGAAAUAAUCGUUCUCUCGUCUUGGAAAACUUUUCAGUUUUUUUAAUGAAUGCUAUACAAGUGCUGAGGAAUGAAAUAAUUUCACUAGUUUAUUUAUAAACUUUAUUUACCAAUGAGUGUAUGAUGUAAUCUUUUUUGCUUGCGAUUUUUUUCACACGUGAAAAAGAGAAAAAGAAAAUUACCCGCAAACUAUUUAAAGAAAAUCAAUCAGUCGAAGAUUUUUUGUGAAUCUUAUUAAAUAGCAACACUUUAAUUCAUGUAUUUCGUUUUGAUUACAAAUAUUGCUCGUCUACAAAAAGUGACAGGUAAAUUGUCUACAUGUGACGUUACACCUGCAAGUGUGGUAGUAAAAUAGUUGACCGAUCUCUCGUGCGCGAGAGAGGAGAGCUAUCGUGAAUACUUUUCUGAGUUUCCAUUUCCUCAGACGAUAAAUUUUUGUGGACAGAGUAAAACAAAAAUAAAAAAUCUAGUGCUGCUAAUAUAAACAACAGAUUACUUCAUGAAAAUAUCGAUUACUUUUCGCUCUUUUGAGAGUCCUGAAAACAUUUUCUUCAUUAUAUUUUACUACGUUUUGUUGUUGAGGAAUUAGAUUGAUUAUAUUUUGAUAAAAUUUGUCAAAUAGAUUUUUGACGAUUAGCUCUCUAACAUUAAUAUUAUCAGGGAUAUGAUAAAAUAUUAAUAUACGGAAGUUUAACUGUUUUUAAUUACUAUCCAGCUGGCAGCUGUGAUUAUCGUUUCAUAUAUGAAGUUUUAUGAUAACUACAUCCUAAGAAUAAAACAAGGCGUUUUCGUUGCAUUUUUAACAGCAUCUUUCUCAUCCACUUGUCUGUGAUCUUACAAGUACUAGCGAUGAUUUUUUUUCAUAUUGCUUCUUAUUCGCCCAGCUUUAUUUUGUUUUAUUUUCGACUUUCAUUUCCGUGAAUUUUUUUUUUCAGCCAGCUGCGAAAUCGAAUAUCGAAAAUAUUAAAACGCAUCCGAUCGUAUAAAAUAGCAAUUCAAGUUUUUUGUUGGUCUACAAACAGUUUUAUUUGGGAGCACUGGAGUGGCAGUGGUGUGGGUGCAGCACGUGUUCCGCCUUACCGUGAGAAGAGCGUGUGUGAGAGAGAGAGCGCGAGAGGGGUGACGGAGUUGAGAGAAGUAGAAGCAUACACACCGACACUAACACUCACACACACAUCACGCCAUUCUCGUGAGCCACACAAUUUUAGGUGAACUAUAAAGAAAUUAUUAAUUGUUAAGCAAAGUGAGAAAACUAAUAGACGUAAACGAAAGCUAACAGUAGAAGAAGAUAAGAAAUGAAAAGGUUCAACAGAAUAAACAAAACAAAACAAAAGUAAACAUGUUUUUACAAGAAGAAACAACAACGCGUGCGUGUGUAAGCAAGCAAGUAUUUUUCGAGUUCGAUUUUUUCCGUUGUUAAGUUUCGACUUUUUUCGAGCGUUUUAAGUGGAAUGGCGGAGAACAGGAAGGCGAGGUGAGAACGAGAGAGAGAGUUAGCGAGGGAUGCGAUUGUGCGAGAAUUUUUGGUGAAUUCCGACAGCUUGUGCAGGGAGAAGCGGGAACCACGCAAGACACUUACACACACAACAACAAAAAGAACACUGAAAGUGGAAUCGAAAAGCGCAUAAAAAAAGUUAGAACAAAAGAAGAACUCGGUUUUAGAGGUGCACCUAAGUCGCUACUAUUAUAAUUAGUCCGUCAAUUUUUACAACAAUCGUUGUUAGUUGAACAAAGUGAAUGCCGACAAACAAGCAUAAGCAAAAACAAAAAAAACUGUAAUUAAUUGCAUCGUAGAUACACUAAACUCCAACGAGUAGCAACGAGCACCCGGAGGCACGACGUCGGUGUCCGUCCCGAGCACGAACUUUGGGAAAUUUCGAACGGAAGAAUCUCCGGGUCCGCGAAUGUGGGUCGAGAACAGCUGCGCUCCACUUCCGGAAACAUAUACACACACACACAUACACAGACAGAAACACACACACUCACACUACUUAGUUAAUUGUGGAAAGUAAAAUGCACUAGUGGGAAUUAGUAGCAAAGUGUAACAGAAAACAAAGCAGUUUAUUAACUUUUAUACUCGUUGUUGAGCAGCUGAUACAGACAGAGAACUCACACACACAGACAAACACAACAUACACACACACAUGAAGGCUUAGAAAGAAAACAAAAAGAAACUCACGACAACACACUCUAGAGAACCUAUCAUACAUUGUAACCUUAGAACAAAACAAUUGUAAUUGAAUAGUACUCGGUCUCACCACAACAAACAAAACAAAACAAAAGUUUGACAGUAACAACAUCAACUUAAGCGAUCCGGGCCGGCCCCCGGACAGAGGGGACCUUCGUUUGGCCCUCCUCGCAGGCAGUUCCGGUUCCGGCCGAUCCACCCCAACCCGCGGGCUAAACUCAUUUAACGAUCUCCGAAAACAAAAAUGGCCGCCAAAACAAACAAACAAAAAAGUGCGCACGCGAUUAAGAUGAUGGUGUGUGGGGAAACCCAAAUCAAGGUAAAAAAAUAAUAAUAAAAAAACCAAAAUUGUUAACGUUCGAAAAGCCAUAUUUUUAGCAUUUAAAUAGUGAUUAAAACAAAUGAAAUUAUAACCAAUAUUUGUUACAUAAAUGUGAGAUUUAACGAGAGAACAAGCAGAGUAAACGUGAGUGGGACGUGCUGUGAAGCGCCGGAAAUCGAGGAAAAGGUAACAAAUAAAGAAAGAAAAAACAAUAACAAACACUGUGGAAUAACAAACAAAAAACACUAAAGUUUAUGCAAAUACGAUCGAAACAGAAGUUAGACACAGGAAGAGAAAUAAUUAAACAAAGAAAACACUAGUGACGUCAUCAAGUUGUAAUGUUAAUCGUGUAGGUCAAGUGGUAAAUAAUUAACAGGUAACAAAAGAAAUAAAGUGUCGAACAGAAAGAAAGAAAACCCACCCGAAUUUUCUUCGACACACACACACCCACACAAGUCACACGUUGAGUUCACUAAGCGGUAGCGACGACUUAAAUGUGAAGCAGUGAGUAAUGGUGUUGUUGGUUUUAUUUGUACUUAUUAACAGAUAUAUUUUCGAGAAUUUAUUUUUAUAGUGAGAUAAAACUAGAGAAACAAAAUAAAUUUUCCGCCGUGUGGACGACAUCUUAACGGCUGCGGGUGACAGUUGAGAAAGUCGAAAAAGUAUUGAAAUAAGAAUUAAAGGACAGGGGAUGAGAGCAAGCAAAAAAAAAUCCAGUAAACAAAAUCAACCUAGAGUGUAUAGAUUGAAAUUUGUACUAAUUUUUAGGUAUAAACAAUAACAAAGCACUCACACCAAAACACACACACACACGCAGACAGAACAGAAGAGCACGCUCUCGAAAGAGCGCAAUGUUUGUACAGUAGAAGAUAUUAAAAUCAGACAGAAAUUGUUUGGCACUGGCACUGGGUAAGACUAGGAAAAAGUAACACACCGCACACCCAAACUAGGCAAAGAUGACAAAAAAUUAUCUAAAAAAUCA